AUGGACUAUGAGACAAGAGGGGCGACGAGGGCCCAGGGGGUAUGGUUUAAGGUAGAGGGCGACGAAGGCCUGAACAUCACUGCACUAGACAAGUUUAUCUCCACUGCCUGUCUAAUUGAUGACACACUGUUUGAAGCAUGCAAGGAGCUAAGAAAGGAUAGCAACAGCAGCACCAGCUCACCACAACGCCCUGCUCAAGGGCACUCAAGCAAUUUUGUUUCCAAGAAGGUUCAGGAAGCAAGAAGAAACGCUGGAGAAUGUUCCAAAUAUGGGGAGAAGUCUCACAAAUGGGAGGACUGCAAGAAUGGAUGGUGCCUCAGAACAAUAGAACUCUCUAAGCCUGAAUCAGCAAAGGCUGCAGAAGUAGAAGAGCUAGAAGUGCUUCCCCAAGCAGGAAAAGUCUAA